AGUUACGAGAGCCGGCCUCAUGAAUUCAUUUUCGACGCGCAGGGAGCUCUUUUCACUGGGCUGGGGCUAGGAUCUUUGGCUGCCACCGCGGUCGUUGCGUCCAGGUCACUGCUGGACGUGCCCACCACGGCAGCGGAGGUUAUCCGGAUAGCCAUGAGAUCCGGUAUCUUGCUGUACCAAAAGUCCCAGGACUUGGAACAACUGCCACUGGACAGUUCCCGGGAGAGUUGGACCACGGUUGUGAGGGGUUUGGACGAGAAGACGGUGCAAGAAGAGCUGGAGAUGUUUAAUAGGUCAAUGAAUAUCCCCCAGUCAGCCAAAGUGUACAUCAGCGUCGUAGAACCCGACGGCAGUGUAUUCGUUAGCGGUCCGCCGUCACGACUGCGCGAGUUCUUUAAUAAACCCGGAAAGGUUCAGUCGGCUCCCCGUGCACCGCUGCCAGUAUACGGGGGCCCCUGCCAUGCAGCUCACUUGUAUGACAGAACACACGCCGCGUGGGUAGUAAGGGAAGUCAACUCUGGCAUUGCGAGUCGCUGUCUCUCGGGACAUCCUCUUCUAUUAUCGAUGGGUAAUGGGCAAUCGUUGGCGGGCGAGACUGCAGGAGAACUUUUUGAGUCGGCCACAUAUGUGCUUCUGACAAGCAUAAUUCGCUGGGGUGACGUUCUUGAGGGGGUCAAAGGUUUUCCUCACUGGAAAGAUAAUAUGAAGCUGCGGGUAGAGACGUUCAAGUCACCCUCGCCUGCUGUGCAUGGCUUGUUAUCUGCUAUACAGUCAGGUUACCCUGAAAGCACGGUCAGCCUGGACGACCUUGACCAGUGGAUAAUCGACAAUAACCUUGAGCAAUCGUCGAACCCCAUGGACUCCAAGAUCGCUGUGGUAGGUAUGUCUUGUCGGUUGCCGGGAGGUGCAGAUGACUUGCAGCGAUUUUGGGACCUCCUUGAGGACGGACGGGAUGUGCACCAGAAGGUCCCAGGCAACAGAUAUGACGUUGAGAGUCACACAGAUAUAACAGGAAAACGACCAAACACUAGCCAUACCCCGUUCGGAUGCUUUAUUGACAGCCCUGGACUCUUUGAUGCAAGCUUCUUCGAUAUGUCUCCCCGCGAAGCGGGACAAACUGAUCCCACCCACCGCCUGGCCCUGCUUACUGCAUAUGAAGCCCUAGAACAUUCCGGAUAUGUGCCCGACCGCACCCGUUCAACUACCAGAGACCGCGUAGGGACGGUCUACGGCCAGUGCUCCGAUGACUACCGCGAAGCAAAUGCCGGGCAAAAUAUCGACAUGUAUUUUAUACCAGGAAACUACCGGGCAUUUGCUCCCGGUCGAAUCAGUUACUUUUUUAAAUUCUCCGGCCCCAGUUUCAGUUGUGAUACAGCGUGCUCUGCCAGUUUAGCUGCGGUUCAGAUCGGCUGUAGCGCGCUAACCCGUGGUGAGGCCGACAUGGUUGUUGCUGGGGGGUUGAAUAUCCUAACAGGGUCUGAUAGCUUUGCUGGUCUCAGUAGGGGCUUUUUCCUUUCCAAGACCGGAAACUGCAGGGUGUUUGAUGACGGUGCUGAUGGAUACUGCCGAGCCGAUGGAAUUGGUUCUAUUGUCCUCAAGCGCCUAUGUGAUGCGCAACAAGAUAACGAUAAUAUCUUAGGGGUGAUUCUCGGUACAGCUACCAAUCACUCAUCCCGUGCCAUUUCCAUAACGCACCCUCAUGCACCUACCCAGGAACAGCUCUAUCGUUCUGUCCUUUCCGAAGCAGGCAUCCAUCCACACGAUGUCGACCUGGUCGAAAUGCAUGGCACAGGAACACAGGCUGGGGAUGCGGCCGAAAUUGAAUCCGUCACCCGCGUCUUCAGUCCUUCAGUACCUCGGCGGUCACAUCCCCUGUAUAUUUCGUCUGUCAAGGCUAAUUUGGGACACGGAGAGGCCGCAGCUGGAAUUACAGCACUAAUGAAGGCACUCCUUAUCUUUCAGCAUAAUGCGAUUCCCAGGCAUGUGGGCAUAAAAACAGCGUUGAACUCCAAAUUCCCAAAUCUCGACCGGCUAAGCAUCCAUAUCCCUAUGGAGACCAUACCGUGGCCGUAUAGGUCAAAUAGAAAACGAUACAUCAUGGUCAAUAAUUUCAGCGCGGCAGGGGGUAACACAAGCUUGUUGCUGGAAGAGCCGCCUGUGCGGCCAGAUCCUCUAGGACCUCCGCAGACACGAUUCGUCGUGGCCCUUUCAGGCAAGAGCACGACUUCUCUGCAACGGAAUCUCGAAAGCCUGAUUACCUGGUUGGAAGCGAACCCAUCCGCACAGUUGGCAAGCCUCGCGUACACUACCACCGCCCGACGCAUACACCAUAAGUGUCGCAUCGCGAUGCAUGGCACGUCAAUAGCAGAGAUCGUCCAAGGGUUACACCAACGCGUGCAUGAGUUGAAGAUUGGACGAUUAGUGAGUAAACCGCCCUCCGUCGCAUUCGUCUUUUCGGGUCAAGGAAGCUUCUACAUCGGAGUGGGCUCGCAGCUCUUCAAGGAGUAUCCUCCGUAUCGGGAGCAAAUCCAGCGACUGGAUGAGAUCUGCAGACAGAAUGGGUUUGGCUCGAUACUCCCAGCUAUCACAGAUACCAGCGCGGAUGUCACUCAAUUAAGCGCGUUGGUGACCCAGCUUACUACUGUCUGCGUCCAAAUUGCCCUUUGUCGUUUCUGGGGGACACUCGGUGUGAAGCCUGCCGUAGUUAUCGGCGCCAGUCUCGGGGAGUACGCGGCGCUGUAUGCUACAGGAGCGCUCUCGGCCAGCGACGUUAUCUUUUUGGUUGGACAACGUGCUCUGCUUAUGCAGGAGCUUUGCACGGCUAACAGCUAUGGAAUGCUAGCUGUACAGGGAGCCGUCGAGGAUAUACGUCGCUGCCUGCAAGGCCGAGCAUACGAGGUCGCCUGUAUUAACGGGCCCCGAAGUAUCACGGUCACUGCGUCGGUCACGGAAAUCGUAGACAUACAAGAGUGUCUAGUGUCGAAAGGGUACCGCAGUGUCCAGUUGAAUGUCCCGUUUGCGUUUCACUCCUCCCAAAUGGACCCCAUACUGGAUCGAUACGAAGAUAUCGCAAAGGCUAUCUUCUUCAAGAGCCUCAAAAUCCCACUCAUUUCAUCCACGUUGGGCGAUGUGGCCGUAGAAAGUGGUAGCUUGGCCCCCUGUCAAUUCCUGCGGGAUAACACGCGGGCGCCCGCCCGUUUCUCCGAAGCCCUGACGAAGGCGCAGCAUAUGGGCCUCGUAAACUCACAAACUGUUUGGGUGGAAAUUGGAGUCCACCCGACCUACUCGGGCGCCGUCCGUGCCACUCUCGCGGAUGUCAUGGCUAUCGUACCAAGCUUGCGGUCAGAUGAGACUAACUGGCAUACAUUGGCUGUUAGCAUGUGCACCCUUCAAGAGACCGGAGUCCCACUCGACUGGAAUGAGUGGUAUCGACCCUUUGAGCCACAUCUCCGCCUGCUGGACUUGCCAUCCUAUCAAUGGGAUCUGAAAAAUCACUGGAUUCAGUACAACGGAGACUGGCUGCUGGUGAAAGAUAAACGGCCUGUAACAGAGUCAAUCUCCGCCGCAACGCCAUCCUUCCGCACUGCUUUGGUGCAUCAGAUUGUGGAGGAGUCGUUCGGGCAAAAUGGCGGAGAGCUCGUCGUACAAUCCGACGUGAUGGACAAGGACUUUUUUGCGGUGGCGUCGGGACACAAAAUGAGUGGGCGGCCGCUCGUUUCAGUGUUUUCCUACCCCGACGUAGCUUUCACAUUGGCAAAGUAUAUGCACUCCCGCCUCAUGCCUGAGGCACCGCUUCCGGCCAUGGAGUUUGGUGAAGUAAGGGUGUUCCAAGGACUGCUCCCAAGAAAAGAUCAGUCCAAACCACAAUGGGUUGGGAUGCGCAUGCAGGCGGAUCGCCACUGUGAAACGUUGCAGUUGUCUAUAUCUAGUCUCUUGGAUGAGACCUCACCAGCACAGGAGCUGGCCAGUGGCGUCGUAACAUGCGGUGACAAGCAGGAUUGGCUAGAUGAAUGGGCAGAUUACUCCCACCUUUUGACGACCCGGAUCGCCACACUACACCAGAUGGCGGAUCAUGGACAGGCGAGCCGUCUUUCCCGGGAUCUGGUGUACACACUUUUCAAAAAUAUCGUCGACUACGCAGACCACUAUCGCGGUAUACAGUCGGCGGUGCUGCACGAUCUGGAAGCUGUUGCUGAUGUGAAUCUUGCGCCUAGCAAUGACAGCCGCUGGACGGCGCCUCCUCAUCACAUUGAUCCAAUCGCUCAUAUUGGGGGUCUGGUGCUCAAUGCCGGCCAUGCCACCGACCAUCAUAAUACCAUCUAUGUAAUGGACGGAUGGAAAUCAAUGCGGUUCGCAGAGGACCUCGUUCCAGGCGAGCUCUAUCGAUCCUAUGUCAAAAUGAACCCGGCUCGCGAUGCUUCAGGUUUUUCCACCGGGGACGUCUAUGUUCUGCAUGGGGACCGUAUUAUAGGAAAGAUCCGUGGAAUGACAUUGCGUCCGCUGCCUCGUAUCUUGAUGACUCGCUUCUUCGAUCCCCCGGACUGUGGUGAUAGCGUGUUGCCUCGCCGCCUUCAGCCCCAAGACCUGCCGGAUGUACAGCACCAACACAGCCCCUCGACAGAGUCGGGCCCGGGUGACGAACCAAGGGAUCCGAAUACCAGCCCGCCUACCCCGGAAGUUGACUUACCAAUCGCUCCAUCUGUGACGAAAGCCAACACCGAGCUCGUCCGUGAUGCACUAGCUCUGCUCGCCGCAGAGACCGGAGUGGAGCCGGACAGUCUGACUGAUGAAACGGAGGUUUCUGCACUGGGCAUAGAUUCACUUUUGUCGCUCGUCCUAGUGGAAAGAUUCUCGACCGAGCUGCAAGUUAACAUCCAGAGUUCUUUCUUGCUGGAAUCUCCCACAAUACUAGAACUGAAGGAGUAUCUCACUGCGUCUUAUUGA